GCUAGAGAGAGGCGGCGGCGAGGGUGGCAACAGCAGCAGCAGCAGCAGCAGCUGGGCUUUGUGAAUCGGCCUUUGUGAAUCGGGCAGGGGGAAGGCGAGGCCAGGCAAGGAGAAGGGGGGGCAGCAGCAGCAGCUGGUCCGCCAGCCAGCCAGACAAAGGCAAGCCGAGGAAGGGGCCCCGCCAGCCAGCCAGCCAGACGCCGUUUCCCCCUCUCGCCCGGCUUUUGCGCGCCCCGCCAUGACGGCCAACGGCACUUCGGAGUCGCUCCAGAUCCAAUUCGGCCUCAUCAACUGCGGCAACAAGUACCUGACGGCCGAGGCGUUCGGCUUCAAGCUCAACGCGUCGGCGCCCAGCCUGAAGAAGAAGCAAAUCUGGACGCUGGAGCAGGCGGCCGAGGACUCGACGGCCGUCUACCUGCGCAGCCACCUGGGCCGCUACCUGGCGGCCGACAAGGACGGGCACGUCAGCUGCGACAGCGAGGCGCCCGCCUCGGCCGACUGCCGCUUCGUCAUCCUGGCGCACGACGACGGGCGCUGGUCGCUGCAGUCGGAGCCGCACCGUCGCUUCUUCGGCGGCACCGAGGACCGCCUGUCGUGCUUCGCGCAGAGCAUCUCGGCGGCCGAGAAGUGGAGCGUGCACCUGGCGCUGCACCCGCAGGUGAACAUCUUCAGCGUCACGCGCAAGCGCUACGCGCACCUGGCGGCCGCCCGCGACGAGAUCGCCGUGGACCGCGACGUGCCGUGGGGCCUGGACGCGCUGGUCACGCUGGUCUUCCAGGAGCAGCGCUACAGCCUGCAGACGGCCGACCACCGCUUCCUGCGCCGCGACGGGCAGCUGGUGGCGCGGCCCGAGCCCGACGCCGGCUUCACGCUGGAGUUCCGCGCCGGCAAGGUGGCCUUCCGCGACGCCGACGGCAAGUACCUGGCGCCCUCGGGCCCCAGCGGCACCCUCAAGGCCGGCAAGAGCGCCAAGGUGGGCAAGGACGAGCUCUUCGUCCUCGAGCAGAGCAGCCCCCAGGUCGUGCUGCGCGCCGCCAACGACAGAAACGUCUCCAUCCGGCAAGGUGAGGCAGCCGAGGAGGCCGGUCACACGUGCGGCGGGCAGGCUCUGGGUGCGCGCGUUCCCUUGGCCAGCCGGGUUGGCUACCCUCCUCUUCUGUUUCCCCGCGCAUAUGCUGAUUCACACGUGCGUUACUUCGCACGUGUAGGUGGCUUGCCCCGGGAUGCGCUUUCCCUCGCGGGAAGGGAAGAGCAGAACACGUUGUCAUGGGCGGCUUGGGCUCUCCUCCUUUGUUUCCCCCGCGUAGAUGCUGAUUCACACGUGCCGGGAGGGGGCAGGCUCCAAGUUCGUUCUUUCGUUCGCGGCUGCAAGUGGGAAACGUGUUCCCUUAGGCGUCAUUGUCUCCCUUUCCCCACUCUGUUUAUGCUGAUUCACACGUGCGUAACUCCACGCGUGCAUAACUUUGCGAUCCCCCGAUGUCGGUACUAUUAAUGCCUCGCGGCCGGAGUGCCUCUCUUUGCAAGAAGUUGUUUCUAAGGAGAUCCCCCCCCUUUUUUUUUGCUGGAGGGGGGGCAAUUCAGACGUGGAAAUUGCAGGAUUAGGCCCUCGAAUGGUGAGCGAAUGGGCGGAGCGGCCCUUGGGGAGCGGCAAGGGAAAUGGAACUUUGUUCCGCAGGCGGAGGGGGCGUUUUCCUGCCGGGGGGGGGAGCAGCAAAGGGGAUCUUGUUGCAGGAUUUCCCCCCUGUUCGGCGGGAUGGGCGGGAAAUCCUUUCCCCAAAAACGUGGCACUCCACGAAGUGGGAGGGGGCCUCUUUCCUGCCCUUCCGAAAUGUCUUUGAUCCAAACCAAGCCCUUUGUGAAUGGGAAACAGGGAGCGGAAGGGAACAGUGAGCGGCGGAGAUCCUGGCUUUGCAAGAUGGGCACUCCCCCCGCCCCCGCCCCCAGAUACAAAAUUGCUUUGUCUCCUUCGCCAACCCGUCUUCUGAGGAAGAGCCUGGUGGAUCAGGCCCACCUAGUCCCACAUCACAGUGGCCAAAAUACCCCACAGAGUAUAGGAAUCUAGAUAGACUGCUCCUGUACCUGGAGGUUCUAUGAGAACACCUGAAGAGUCCUGCCGAAUCAGGUCAAAGGCGGCUCAUCCUGCUCAGCAUCCUGCUCUCUCGCUGGCUGGCCAGGUGUCUCAGCUGGGAAGCCCAACAAGGCCCCAAGCCGGACGCCCCUGUCUCCUCCCUGUGGCUUCCAGAGCAGAGCCCUGGGGGCCAGUCUGUAGCCCUGGAAGAACAUAGGCUGGGAAAAUAAAAGGUCUUUGCUGGUUAGGGUCCUCCUCCAGAUGGACUGGUCUUGAAGACCCCCCCCCUUUCCCAAUGGAGAUUGGCUGCCACUGGGCCCCCCCUGGGCUAGCAACUAGGAGGGGAGGGGAAGCACAGGGCUCUUAUUCUUCAGCUAGGCCUGCAGCAGCCCCCCCUCUUCCCUUUCUUGCCCCCCCCUUUCUAGAAGUCUUAGCGUUCUCUCCCCCACCUCCGUGUCUCAUCAAUUUAAGGGGGGGUAGUAUUUGCAGAAUCAGAACCCAAAAAAGAGCAGGUAUGCCAGUUGGCGUGGAAGCAUCUCUAUGCACAAUAGGGAGGGGGCAUCCUUUCGAGUUGACGACAGCAUGAAAAACCUAAUAAUCCAGUUAAUACUAUUAGUUAUUUGCUUUGUUUGUAAUAGUAAUAGUUUAUAGUUUAUUAGUUAUACCCGCCCAUCUGGCUGAGUUUCCCCAGCCACUCUGGGCAGAUCCCAAUCGAGUGUUAAAAACACAGCAUUAAAUAUUAAAACCUUCCCUAAACAGGGCUGCCUUCAGAUGUCUUUUAAAGAGAAGAUAGCUGCUUAUUUCCUUCACAUCUGAAGGGAGGGCGUUCCACAGGGCGGGCGCCACUACCGAGAAGGCCCUCUGCCUGGUUCCCUGUAACCACUUCUCGCAAUGAGGGAACCGCCAGAAGGCCCUCGGCACUGGACCUCAGUGUCCGGGCUGAACGAUGGGGGUGGAGACGCUCCUUCAGGUAGCUCAAGGUGGUUGGUGCACAUAGUUCUUCCCUGCUUUUUGUUGAAUCCUCACAACGACCCUGUGAGGUAGGUUAGGCUGAGAGGCAGUGGCAGAUUCCCAAGGUCACACACACACACACACACACAUGAAUGGGGGGAUUGGUACCCUGGUCUCUCCCAGACCCUCGUCCGACUGUGUCCCCCCCUCCCCAACUGCCCGUCUUAAUCUUGUGCAAUGCAGGGAAGCAGAGCAUCAUCUGGACUGUGAGCAGCUGGAGUGAGCAAGCAAGUCUGUGCACAUGCGCACCUGGUCACAGGCCCCCGCCCCACCCACAUCCUCCCCAGGCACGUGGUCCUCAGCCAGCAGCAUCACUGUUCCUGCCUCUCCUCCCUGCAUGCUGCCCCCUCCCCUCAUGCUUCUACCACCCCCUCCCCCCCUCUCUACCCACCCCCCACUCCAGGCCUGCCUGUUCCACCUGCUGCUCAAUUGCCUAAAUGGGGGGGGGGGUGCUCCUCCUACCCGCAUAGCACUGCCGGAUCAAAUUCCCCGAAUCAUCCCUAAAUCUAGGGGACUUUGUGUUGGUGGUGCUAGGUUGGUUCUGUGCACAAAGCAUGGUCACCCUCUUCUGGGCAUGACUUUUUGGGUGGAGAAAACCUCAGCAGACAGCCUCAUGGGACAGAGGUGAUUUUUUUAUGGGGGGUGGGAAUUGAGUUUGAUUGCAACGCAAGCCACUAGUCCUUCUGAUCUCCUUUUCCAAAUGCGUUAUUUCCCUCUCUCUCUCUUCUCCUUCCCAGCACCACGAUUUGUGCAUCUGAAUCCUAGCUUUGUUAUUUAUCCCUCAAAGUGUGUGUCCUCCCCCCAGCCCCCCCCCCCGCUGCCUGCUGGGUUUGUAGCAUCUAUUUUUCACAAGGAGCGAAAUGGAGGAGGGGGUCUUUCACUGACCUCUACUCUGAUAGCCCCCCCCCUUCAAAUUCAUGCUGUGUCUGAUUUCUGUUCUGGGGUGGGUACAGAGGCACCAUAAGGUCAAAAAUUCCCCCCCCCCACCCCAAGCCCCAAGGCUUCUCUGAAGAAGAGAGCAAACUCUGCCUCCUGCUUAGUUCUAAAUUUGGGGUAGGCAGUUGUGGCUAUUGAUGGUCUGCCUUGGGGCAAGACAGAUCUUUUUCUUUUUCCUUUUGACUAAUUGCAUCGCUGCUGUCUGGGCUUUCCUAAACCUAGAAAUCUCUGGCUCAUUUUCCCUUUAAAAAGCUGACUCAACAGGAGAUCAAAGGCGGCUUAUUCCACCAAGAAAACCUUCCAUCAGAGCUCGCACCCGCCUCCCUUUUUUUUCUUUUUUAGAAAGCCAGUGAUUAAGUUCUGGAAGCAAUUCACUCCUCCCCACCCCCUUAAAAAAAUUACAGAAUCUCAUUAAACAGCCUGUCUUUGUGGUGGAAGGAGCCAUGAGAGGGUCUUAGCAGUUCCAUUUUGUUUGGUUUUUACUUUGGCCACUGAAAAGUGAAGCAAACCCUUAAAAUUCUGCGCCUGGGCAGUCUGAAUUCUGCAACAUGUAUGAAUCAUGAGGCCUAGGAACUUGAUUUUUAAAAGGGCAAAGGAAGCUGAAUUCUGUAGCCCAAACAGCAGCAUCAUUUCCCCCCCUGCCCCCACCCCAUAACCACCUGAAAAUUGUGGCAUGGAUCCAUAGCUGAUUUUGGGGGGGUGCAGAGGGGUAGGCAGAGUGUAGUGCAGAACGCAGUGUAUAUGCAAGCCAUAGUCAAUGCCUGCUUAAAGCACACAACUUUGCUCCAAAGAAUCCUGGGAGUUGUAGUUGCAAAGGGUAGCUCCAUGCGGCUGGAACUGCAGUUCCCAGGAUUCCUUGGGAGCAAAGCCACGCACAUUGAAUGUGCUUCAGAGGCAUCGGGUGGAUCUGCCCCGUGUGUGCUGUGAAUCCUUUCGCCUCUCCGCAAUUCCCCAGCCUAGCUGGGCUUUGCUGGAGCCUGAAACUGACACAGUUCCGUGAAUGGGUUUCAGCUGAAAAUCUGAGCUGAGUGGCCGACUUCUUAGCUGACCUACAUUGAAGUAGCACAAAGGGAGCUUUGCGCCUGCUGGCCGGCCCUUCGGCUGAGUCAACUGCAUGCCAAGCCUGUCCUCCGCGCCCCCCCCCCCUUGUCUCUGGGCUUGCAUGCCUGCAGCCGGGUGACCGCCUCAGAGCCCUUGCACAAGGGGGGGGGGGAGGAGAACAGAGCCCCUGAGGAUUUAUGGGGGCACAGCCUGGCUGGCUGCAGGAAGUAUGUGUGCAGGCACAUGCAAGAUUGAUGGUGGUGGCCUGCUGCUUAGGAACAGCCCUGGGUACCAUUUUAACGAGAAAGAAAGCAUUUUGCUGGAGAGUUCUUAAAAAUUAUAGAUAACCUUGGCUGGGCCAGGGGGGGUUCGGAGGUUAAGGCUAGGACUGGGGAGUUGUUGUUUAGUCGUUUAGUUGUGUCCGCCUCUUUGUGACCCCCUGGACCAGAGCACGCCAGGCCCUCCUGUCUUCCACUGCCUCCCGCAGUUUGGUCAAACUCAUGCUGGGAGCUUCGACAACACUGUCCCACCAUCUCGUCCUCUGUCGUCCCCUUCUCCUUGUGCCCUCCAUCUUUCCCAACAUCAGGGUCUUUUCCAGGGAGUCUUCUCUUCUCAUGAGGUGGCCAAAGUCUUGGAGCCUCAGCUUCAGGAUCUGUCCUUCCAGUGAGCACUCAGGGCUGAUUUCCUUCAGAAUGGAUCGGUUUGAUCUUCUUGCAGUCCAUGGGACUCUCAAGAGUCUCCUCCAGCACCAGAAUUCAAAAGCAUCCAUUCUUGCAGGUUCAAAUCCUCGCUUAGCCACAAAGCACCCCUGUCUUUCAGCCUACCUCACAGGGCUCCUGGGAGGAUAAAAGGGAGGAGUGCUUUGUACAGGACUCUAUAAAGUUUAAACUACUCAGAAUAAGGGGAGAAGAGAAGAAUGCAUGAUGCUGUGCAUGGCAGAUGUUUGCCUUGAUGCGUCAGUGCUAGCGAGCUAUAGGAUUAUCCCAGUUUGUAGAGUGGCCGUGAGGAGAGAUGUGUGGUCAGAGCCCCUUUCCAGAUCAGGCUGCAGCAGGGAUCUCUCAGAUCAAGCACUGGCCUCGGGUUCAGGAGGCGACUGCAGGCAAACCACUUCUUCAAUCUCAAACCCCACCCUGCAAUCCGGAGGUAACACUGGCCUACUUUGCAGGGUUCCUGUAAGGGCCACCGGUGCACAAGACAUUCUCUAAAUCAGCCCUUCUCAACCUGUGGCUCCCCAGAUGUUGUUGUACUACAACUCCCAUCACCCCUAGCUAGCAAGGCCAGAGCUCAGGGAUGAUGGGAGUUGUAGUCCAACAGCAUUUGGGGACUCGCAGGUUGAGAACCACUGCUCUAAAUGCUUGACAAGGUGAGUUCUGUGGGGCUUCUGAGCUUCUCCUGAGAAUCCCAAAGGAGGGGUGUCCGCCAUCCCAUAAUGGGGUGAACUCUGGCGCCCUGUCCCUUUGCUGUACACCCUCUUCCAGUUGCUCCUCCCAUUUUGGAAAUGCCAGGGUCUUCUCAAGCGAAAGUUAGAUAGAAGGUGACUUGGGCUCCCUUCAUUACGUCCCUUUCCCCUGUUGGGGUGGCAGUAAGGCUUGAAGUGCCUGUAUAUUUAUUUUAUUGCAUCAAUAUCCCACCUUUUCCUGCAAGUUGGUGCACAUGGUUCUUCCCCAUCUCAUUUAAGCCCUCACGACAACCCUGUGAGGUAGUUUGGGCUGGAGGGACAGAGACUGGCUCCUGAGUUCACACCCUGUGAGCUUUGUGGCCAGUUGAUGGGGAUUCGAACUCUGGUCUCCCAGGUCCUAGCCCGAGGCUCUUAACUGCUGCACUACGCUGGCUCUCCCAUGCAGGCACACAGCAAAGAGCAGCAGGCCAAAGCAUAGUUCUCAACUUAUUAGACUCACCAUGACUGCUAUCCUGUGAACAGCUUCCUGAUCUUUGCUUCUGACUGCAUGGCUUCAAGCUGUAAGACACAAAGAGCUUUAGCAGAUGAAAUGCAACUGUUAGCUUUCAGUUAGAUACGCAAACCGUCUUGCAAAUAAGUGUUAGCUUUUAAAGUGCUAGGGUGAAGUAGGAACACUAUCAAAGAAAAAGCAAGCAGUAUCCAGCCUUUGCCUGGUUUGUUUUCCGGCUUCCUCCAUGCUAAACCACCACAAACAAACUUGAAAACCUCCUUAUCUCCUCACUUGCCAGGGCAUGGAAGAUUCACCAGUGAUCCUGGCCCCUCUUGACCACUGGCCACGUGGACUGGGGCUGAUGGGAGUGGAGUCCUUUUGGCAAGGAUAGCCUGGUGACUCAGGCUCUGGUAACUGCCAAUGGAGCUGCCCUUGAAAAUUACCCAGAAGCUGCAAUUAGUACAAAUUACAGCUGCCGGAUCAUUAACUGUUUCAAGGCUGGAUAGAAUUGUGUGUUUAACACAGAGAGUCUAAAGAAGGUCCAUUGGUUGCCUGUUUGCUGCCUGUUCAGUGCCAGGCCAAAUGCCAGGUGUUGGCAUAGGGCCAGAAAGCCUUAAAAGCAGGAGCCUAAUAUCUGUAGGCAGGUCUCUCUGUGUCCUGCCCGGCCUGUGCCAGGUGAUGAGACCAGUCAGUGGGUGAGCCAAGGAUUGUAAAAUGCACACCGUGUGUCCUUUGUCAUGCAGGGAUCACCGGGUGAGUCGCAAAAUGUAAAGCCACACAAAAACAACCACAGAAAUAUUGAAAGCAGCUAGGACCACAGGAAGCUGCCUUAGACUGAGUCGGCCCAUUACAUUCACCUAGCUUAGUUGUGUCUGCACAGACUGGCAGCAGCUCUCCAGAAUUUCAGGCAGGGAGUCGCUCCCUCCCUGGAGAUGCCAGCAGGAUUGAACCUGCGACGUUCUGCAUGCAAGGCGGUUGCUUUGCUACUGAGCUAAAUCACUUCCUCUCAAAUUCACAGUCCAGUUUUGUAUUCAACACCACUCUAUCCACCAGGAAGACUUACCUUAUUAAGAGUCCUGGUAGCCCAGGCUUUGUUUGGUACAGCCCAAAGGGCCCUCCUGGUAUACUCAAAUCUCAGAGAAAGCUGCCUUGCGCUGGGGUUGGACUAGAUGACCCUGGGUACCCCUUCCCACUACACUUUUGUGAUUCUAUGAGAUCAGCCUUGCCAUCCCUGAGUCCAGGAUUCCAGACAGGGGUUUUACCUGGAGACUGAACGCAGAACAUUCUGCAAGCCAAGCAGUUGCUCUGCCUUUGUACACUGGCCCUUUUCUAAGUCACAGGCAGGAUAGGGCAGCAAGAGGUGCUAUGAUGGGAAGCCGGAUCCUAAGCUGUUCAGGGCUCUAUAUAGUGAUGGGACUGGUAGCCAAUAAGCAGCCAGGGGAGGGCAAAGGGCCCUCCUAGUGGUGGUAUCCUGCCUACAGAACGCCCUCUCCUUGGAAGCAUGUGCGGUGUUGGCACUUAGAAUUUCAGCACCAAGACGGAGUUGUUUGCAUUGGUCUUGGGGCAUUCCUUUGCUUGGGGUGUGUGACUCACGCUAGGUAUUAUUGGGGGGUUUUAGCAGCUGUGAUUUAAACAGUCAAUGUGGUUUGAGAUGUUUCUUGUCAUCUAUAUAUUUUGGAGAAUGGUUUGCCUCUCUGUGCUCUAUGCAUCUGGGCUCUUCUUCAGAUGCCACCACCAAAUUUAGCACAAAGGUUCCCAAGAUGGAGGGGCCAGGUUUUUGUCUGUAUUUGGAUGCCAUUGGCUGGAAGAGCAGGUGCCGGUGUGCAUUUUUGGACACCAUGAGUUGCCAUUUUGAAACAAGAUGGCAGACUGUACCCUUCCAAACUGCACAAGAUGCCUUUGAAGAUAUUGCCACCUGAUUUUGUGUGGCAGUUCCCAGGAUUGGAGAGCAGGUUUUAUUGAACCUUUGGAUACCUUCAGGUGCCAUUUUGAAACAAAAUGGCGGACCGAUUUUUUUUUUUAAAGGUUUCAUAAAAUUUCCAAGCAUCGCCAGCUACUUUCUGCAAGAGUAGCUUUGAUUCUGCUCCACGCCUGGGGUUCCACUGUGAGGAACAUCUGGAGGGCCACAGGCCUUUAGAAAAAGGGGCCCUUGGCAGCUAUCUUUGUUUGCUGUGAUGCUUCAGUGGCGCAGAUUUAGCUGCAUUGCGCAAUAUGGAUGGCCUUUGUGGACAUGCACACAGGUGAAAGUCAUUUUUUAAGCAGUGGCCUGGCUUACAAGCUUUCUGGGCUAGCAAAGCGAUUGGCAGAAUUGGGGUGUGGUUUUAUUUUUUUAAUAAAAAAAUUGCUGAUGCAGUUUCCCUCUGGUUACGUUUUUUCUUGCAGGGCUUUUGCCAACCAGAGGCCAUGGCAGGCAGCUGCCUCGACGCCACCCAUUUGCCCUCCACCCUCUUGACAUGAGCUGUUGGGUUCUCAGAUUCUGGCAGAUGUUAAAUAUUUGUCUGACGGGAGGGGGAGGAGGGAGUUUGGGAGAACAAGGGCUGGAUUGUGAUGGUGGGAAGAGAGGCGAUUUCGGAGCUUAGUUGCAGAGGGGGCUCGGUGGGGCGGGAGACGAGGCUCCUGUUUCAGUCCUUUGUCACUUUGGAAAGCCAGAUGUGAUGGAGGAUGGGGAGAGAGGGAGGGAGAGGUUGGUGGGUUUGACUGGGUGGAGAAAUGUGGCUGUUCUCAGCUCUGCCUUCUUGUGAGCUGCUUGACAAACCUCUUUGCAGAUGCAAAAGGGGGGCAGCAUUCUUCCACCCCCCAUUCCGUUGGAGGAGGAGGAGGAGGGCUGUCAACAGCUGCUAACCAUAAUGACUGUGCUGUACACCCCCAGUUGGAGACAGCCAUGCUUUUGCAUUCAAGUGUCUGGAAACCAAAGGAGGGGAGAGGACUUUUGCAGUCACUAUGAGAAUUGGAUGAUGGACUCCAUGGGCCAUUGGUUCUCUCCCAGGGAGUGAGGCCUUUUAAGUUGUACCAAGUCUGGGCUACCAGUCCUCUUAAUAAGGUAGCCAUCUCCCAGUUAGGCAGGUACUGGCAAUGGUUAGCUUUGGAUGCAAGGUGUGUAAGCAGUAAAGGUAAAGGGACCCCUGACCAUUAGGUCCAGUCGUGGCCGACACUGGGGUUGCGGCGCUCAUCUCGCUUUAUUGGCCGAGGGAGCCGGCGUACAGCUUACGGGUCAUGUGGCCAGCAUGGCUAAGCCGCUUCUGGCGAACCAGAGCAGCGCACGAAAACACCGUUUACCUUCCCGCCAGAGCAGUACCGAUUUAUCUACUUGCACUUUGACGUGCUUUCAAACUGCUAGGUUGGCAGGAGCUGGGACCGAGGAACGGGAGCUCGCCCCAUUGCAGGGAUUUGAACCACCAACCUUCUGAUCGGCAAGUCCUAGGCUCUGUGGUUUAAAGCAUUGGUCUCUCUCUGUUUAUUGCAUUUAUCUCCCCCUUUUUCUCCCAAGGAGCUCAAGGUGGUGUACAUAGUUCUCGUCCUCACAAACAACCCUGUGAAGUAGGCUAGGCUAAGCGUGUCUGGCUGGCUGUCUUGCCAAAUGCAAGGCAGUUCUUUUCAUGAGAUUCAGAAGCAAUACAAACACAAGUGAGUGAGAAGGUUAAAGAUUUUGUUUUCUAAACAGCAAUCAUUAUAUACAUUACCAAGAAGUGGCCAAGUGACCCCUAGGUAGCCUUCGUUUGCACAGCCCUUUGAUCAGUCCAUGCACUUGUUUCUCAGAACUAUGCCCCCAAACCACUGGAUUUAUAGAUACUAACUUGUUAGCCUACAUGCCUUGCCCGACUAGCUAGUGCAGAUUAUUAAUUAGCUAGCCCCCUCUUCAAUACAGCACGUUCCUCCAAACAAUGUCUAACAUCAAAGAAUGUCAGAAGGUACCCAUCACUAUCUGCUUCUUCCUUCCACCAGAUUAUACAUUAAAGGCUGCUCUCAGCCAUCAAAGAACUUUAACAAGAGAUAGAGAGGGGCAGUAAACAGAGGACCAUGUCAGAUCACUAAACUCCUCAAACUACACUGGAACUACACUGGCUAGCAACAAGAGGAACAGCCAUUUUAGAUCUGGUCCUAACCAAUGUUGAUGACCUGGUUAGUGGGGUAGAAGUGGAAGGAUCAUUAGGCGCAAGUGAUCAUGCUCUUCUGAAGUUUACUAUACAGCGGAAAGGAGCAGCCAAGCAUACUAGGACUCAAUUUCUUGACUUUAAGAAAGCCGACUUCAUAAAACUUAGGGAAGUGCUGGGUGAGAUCCCAUGGACAGUAAUACUAAAAGGAAAGGGAGUUCAUGAUGGCUGGGAGUUUGUUAAGAGGGAGAUAGUAAAAGCACAACGUCAGGCAAUACCAAUGAGACGGAAACAUGGAAGGUGCCUAAAGAAGCCAGGGUGGCUAUCUAAAGAACUUUUAACUGAGUUAAGAUUAAAAAGGAUGUGUACAAAAAUGGAAAAGGGGGAAACCACCAAAGAGGAAUUCAAACAAAUAGCCAGCACGUGUAGACACAAAGUCAGAAAAGCUAAAGCACAGAAUGAACUCAGGCUUGCUAGAGAGGUUAAAAGCAACAAAAAGGCUUUUAUGGGUAUGUUCGUAGCAAAAGGAAGAACAAAGAAACAGUGGGGUCACUCAGAGGAGAAGAUGGUGAAAUGCAAACAGGGGACACAGAAAGGGCUGAACUCCUCAAUGCCUUCUUUGCCUCAGUCUUCUCCGAUAAAGAAAACAAUGCCCGACCUGAAGAAUUUGAAGCAAAUGAUUCAGCAGAGGAAACACAGCCCAGAAUAACUAAGGAGAUAGUACAAGAAUACUUGGCUAGUCUAGAUGUAUUCAAGUCUCCAGGGCCAGAUGAACUGCAUCCAAGAGUAUUAAAAGAACUGGCAGAUGUGAUCUCAGAACCACUGGCAGUCAUCUUUGAGAAUUCCUGGAGAACAGGCGAAGUCCCGGCAGACUGGAGGAGGGCAAAUGUUGUCCCUAUUUUCAAAAAGGGGAAAAGAGAGGACCCAAAUAAUUACCGCCCAGUCAGUCUGACAUCAAUACCAGGGAAGAUUCUGGAGCAGAUCAUUAAGCAAACAGUCUGUGAGCACCUAGAAAGGAAUGCUGUGAUCACCAAUAGUCAGCAUGGAUUUCUGAAAAAUAAGUCAUGUCAGACUAACCUGAUCUCGUUUUUGACAGAAUUACAAGCCUGGUAGAUGAAGGGAACGCAGUGGAUGUAGCCUACCUUGAUUUCAGCAAGGCAUUUGACAAGGUGCCCCAUGAUAUUCUUGUAAAGAAGCUGGUAAAAUGCGGUCUUGACUAUGCUACCACUCAGUGGAUUUGUAACUGGCUGACUGACCGAACCCAAAGGGUGCUCAUCAAUGGUUCCUCUUCAUCCUGGAGAAGAGUGACUAGUGGGGUGCCACAGGGUUCUGUCUUGGGCCCGGUCUUAUUCAACAUCUUUAUCAACGGCUUGGAUGAUGGACUCAAGGGCAUCCUGAUCAAAUUUGCAGAUGACACCAAAUUGGGAGGGUGGCUAACACCUCAGAGGACAGGAUCACACUUCAAAACGACCUUGACAGAUUAGAGAACUGGGCCAAAACAAACAAGAUGAAUUUUAACAGGGAGAAAUGUAAAGUAUUGCACUUGGGCAAAAAAAUGAGAGGCACAAAUACAAGAUGGGGGACACCUGGCUUGAGAGCAGUACAUGUGAAAAGGAUCUAGGAGUCUUGGUUGACCACAAACUUGACAUGAGCCAACAGUGUGACGCGGCAGCUAAAAAGCCAAUGCAAUUCUGGGCUGCAUCAAUAGGAGUAUAGCAUCUAGAUCAAGGGAAGUAAUAGUGCCACUGUAUUCUGCUCUGGUCAGACCUCACCUGGAGUACUGUGUCCAGUUCUGGGCACCACAGUUCAAGAAGGACACUGACAAACUGGACCGUGUCCAGAGGAGGGCAACCAAAAUGGUCAAAGGCCUGGAAACGAUGCCUUAUGAGGAACGGCUAAGGGAGCUGGGCAUGUUUAGCCUGGAGAAGAGGAGGUUAAGGGGUGAUAUGAUAGCCAUGUUCAAAUAUAUAAAAGGAUGUCACAUAGAGGAGGGAGAAAGGUUGUUUUCUGCUGCUCCAGAGAAGCGGACACGGAGCAAUGGAUCCAAACUACAAGAAAGAAGAUUCCACCUAAACAUUAGGAAGAACUUCCUGACAGUAAGAGCUGUUUGACAGUGGAAUUUGCUGCCAAGGAGUGUGGUGGAGUCUCCUUCUUUGGAGGUCUUUAAGCAGAGGCUUGACAACCAUAUGUCAGGAGUGCUCUGAUGGUGUUUCCUGCUUGGCAGGGGGUUGGACUCGAUGGCCCUUGUGGUCUCUUCCAACUCUAUGAUUCUGUGAUUCUAUGGCUUUGAACUCCUCGAACUACUCUGGCUUCCAAGGUCCUCCAGUGACCUUCAUGGCAGAGUAGGAGAUUGGGACCCUUGGUCUCCUGGGUCCCAGUCUAGCACUAACCACUACACUACACUACUGCUCUCCCUCCCUCUCACUGUGUGUGUGUGUGUGUGUGUGUGUGUGUGUGUGUAGAGAGAGAGAGAGAGAGAGAUGCACAGAUGAAGCAAUGUUGAAUACAAAAUUGUAUUGUGAAUUUUAGGGAAAUUUGGCUUGAAUCUAGGGGUUUCAAAAUCAUCUCUUAAAAACAGGCCUGGGCACGUCAUCUUUCCCAAGGCAGAUAAAGCAGCAUACCAGCUAUCUAGAAGAGAUAGCACAGACCUCAGACAUCAUGUUUGGCCUGUGAUGAAGGAAACCGUCCCUGUUUCUCCAUCUAUCUCAUGUGGUUCCACGGCAUAAUCUGAGCCACUGGUCUUCAGCUGGGGGUUCAGGACUUUGGGAGUGUGGCCUGAGCCAAGAUGGGUCACAACAGGAGCACUGCCGUGCAAGGAUGUGGCAAAAGAUGAAGAAACGUGUCUCCAAAAAAUGCUUUUUUGGGUCUGAAGAAGGUACUUGAUCUAAGCCUUGUUGGAGCUCUGGAAUUUUCCUUCUCCCUGUCUGUGGCAGCCAAUGUGUUGAGCUCCCAAUUCCUACUUCUCUGGCAUUAGCUCAGCUGGCCAGGGUUGAUGGGAGGUGUUGAGGGGCACCCUGUUGGCUCUCGCCACUGUGGCACAGAGGGCAUACCCAGUUUGGGAGAUGUGUUCUAAAGGGGUGAGAAUUGAGUUGCACUUUGGCAUGUGAACAUCGGAAGAGCCCGCUGCUGGAUCAGGCCACAGGCCCACCUAGUCCAGUGCCCUGUUCUCACAGUGGUCCACCAGGUGUCCCAAUGGGAAACCCUCAAGGAGGACUCAGCUGGGCUUCAGAGCACAACCAUCAUGGCUGGUAGCUUCUCCUCCUUGAAUUUGUCUCAUCCCCUUUUAAAGCCAGCCAGGUUGGUCACCAUCGCUGCCUCCAGAAUGCGGCAGCUAGACUGGUGACUGGGAGCGGCCGCCGGGACCACAUAACACCGGUCCUGAGAGAUCUGCAUUGGCUCCCAGUACGUUUCCGAGCACAAUUCAAAGGCUUGGUGCCGACCUUUAAAUAGACUCGGCCCAGUAGACCUGAAGGAGCAUCUCCACCCCCAUUGUUCUGCCCGGAUGCUGAGGUCCAGGGCAGAGGGCCUUUUCAGUGGUGGCACCCGCCCUGUGGAAUGCCCUCACUUAAGAUGUGAAGGAAAUAAGCAGCUAUCUUAUAUUUCAAAGACAUCUGAAGGCAGCCCUGUCUAGGGAAGUUUUUAAUGUUUAAUGCUGUAUUGUUUUUAACACUCGACUGGGAGCUGCCCAGAGUGGCUGGGGAAACCCAGCCAGAAGGGUUGGGGUAUAAAUAAUAAAUUAUUAUUAUUAUUACUCCUGCAAGAGGGAGUUCUGCAGUUUCACUCUGCCAUUUGUGAAGAAGUCCGUUAUUUUUAUCUGCCCUGAAUCUUCCAACAUUCAGCUUUGUUGGGUGAUUAGCUGCUUCAGAAGGCUGCGGGGUGGGUGGGUGUUUGCUUUUGGGAGCAAACGGGGAACGAUUCCAGUAGAUGGUGCAGUACAGCAAUACAGAAGCUGUGACGCCCCUGCAGGUCUGUUGGACUACAACUCCCAUCAGCCCCUGCCUGCGCGGCCAAUAGCUUAGAAUGGCCGGGGGGGUUGCCCCCUCCACCUCCUCCUGGACCACUGGUGUUGGGGAGGGGCUUGUGCUGUUUGGCUUCUCCCUAAUCAGCUUGCUGGGAGUUAAUUAACUUAAUGGCUAGGAAGCUAUCAGUGCCAGCCUAUGAUGGCAGCGGGCCUCUGCUCACAUGGGAGGGGGUUGCUCUCCAGCUGAGCAGUGUGUGAGGCUGAUGGGAGAAUAAUGGGACCAUAGGACUGUAGAGUUGGAGGGGAUACCAAGAGUCAUCUAGUCCAAUUCAGGAGCCACAACCAAAACAUCCCUGAUGGGAAGAAGAUUUGGGGUGGGAAUGUCAAAUAUUUGGCUGCUGUCUCACAGACCCCAAUAGGCAUGAAUGAGAGACUUUUCUGUCCCUUGUGAACCAGGCUAUGUAUGUGUGUGUGAGAAUCUGACUUGGACUGUGAUGGCUGCAGUUGGUUGAAUUUCCCUGACACCCUCCCCAUUCCAUCAUAUCUUCCACCUCCUUUAUUAAAAUAAACCCUCUAUGCCACAGGUAGGCAAACUAAGGCCCAGGGGCCAGAUCCGGCCCAAUCGCCUUCUCACUCCGGCCCGUGGACAGUCCAGGAAUCAGCGUGUUUUCACAUGAGUAGAAUGUGUGCUUUUAUUUAAAAUGCAUCUCUGGGUUAUUUGUGGGGCAUAGGAAUUCGUUCAUUCCCCACCCCCCAAGCAUAGUCCGGCCCCCCACAAGGUCUGAGGGACAGUGGACUGGCCCCCUGCUGAAAAGGUUUGCUGACCCCUGCUCUACGCAAGAGGAGGAGGCACAAGGAGGUCUGGCUGUUUGUCCUGAUCUGCCACGCCAGAUAAGACAAGCCCUUGUCCCUCUCCCUGUUGCAGUGUUGUAAAUACCUGAGGCCCAUAAAGUGUGGCCUUUCCUCUCCCCCAUCCCACCCCAAAACUCGCUUCUAAACUUGGGUGAACCUUUGCUCUCUGGAGCAAGCAUCCCGAUCUUAAAAAGGAGUUGCCUUCUUUAAGCCAUUUGCCUGGCAACGCUGCCCCUCAGUUUGAAAGCCCCGUGAUGGGAAGAAGGAGGAUCGCCUAUCCUGACCUGACCGCUGCCUUCACACACCCCCUCUCCUCCCCCCUUUUCCUGUUGUGAUUUGAGGAUUGAUUCCUUUGUCCUCCCCCCUCCCCUUUCCCCCCAAAGGUAGGCAGAAGAAACGGCAAGAGAAAAGCAAUAACCCACAGUUCCGCCAUGGCCAGUAAAUAGCAGUUAGCAAUUCCUUGCAAUGCAAUCUCUGCUCCCUCUCUCAGAAACCAGAGAGUUUGUUUCCCUCCAGCUCAUCUUACCCAGCACUGAAUCAACAGUGGCGGCUUGUGCUCUGAGCUUGCAGCUGGGACCCAUUUGUUCUUCUGACUGGGUUUCCCCUCCUCCUCUCCCACAAGCAGGGGGAGGGAAUAAUUUUGUUCCGCACUUUGAUUGAAAGCAAACCUGAAAACUCUCCUGCCCAAACCAUCCCUGCUCACCUCUCUUGUCGCUAGUCGGGUUGUGCAUUGUGGUUCACUCUAAUCCAGCUGUUCCUGAACUUGGGGGGGGGAGUAUUGCCCCCCUUGGAUCCAUGAAUUUCUCCCCAGUGCCCCCAACUCUGUAAAAAAAAGCAUUAUUCAGUAUCAUGGUUUUCAGGAAGGUGAUAGCACAAUAAAAUUCAAGGCAGUGACAGUUAAUUGCACACUUGUUCAAAAUCCAAUUGAAAGUACUGUAUUUAGUUUAAUGAAAUUGAAGGAACUCGAUCCAUGAUGCCAGCUAUUGCCAAUAUUUGUUUUAAAAAUAUUUGUAUACCGCUGUAUCAAAACAGGAAAGAAAAAGUUUUUAAAAUCGUUAUCUUGUGACAACUCAGCUUUGUAAAUAUGAACAAACGAGAUCCCAAAGGAAAUGGCCUUGAAAGCGAGAACAACAGUAAAAAAAUUAAAUAUGAGGCUAGAGGUGUUUUGCUCUAGGUUCUAGUUUGGUCAAUUUUAAAUAAGCGAUCAAUGCAUCAUCCCACACCCUCCAACCUCCCCGUUGCCUCUUAGCACCCCCUGUGUAAUCCCCCUGGGGUGUGAUCCUGCCCACUUUGAGACCCCCUGCUUUAAUCCAUGAAAAGCCUUUUGUGCCUCUGGGAAGCAGUGCCCAAUUCAAUGGUGAUGGAAUGACUAAUACUCAAAUGGUUACACUCUGAAUACUGGAAAAUCGAGAUUUCGUUCUGCAUGCAUAGGAGGGGAAUGUUCUUCCAUUCCGUGCCUGCUGGUCCCUCUUCUCAAUGUGAGAUGAACUCUGUGAUCAGCGGUGACGACAGGACCUCUUUUCGCCCAAAGGCCAGAGUGGGUGUGGCCAUGCCGAAACCGAAUUAUGCACGGCCACCUCAUUCCAGCUCUCUGGCUAGUGUAGACAUAUCAUAACCAUUUGGGUUGCACAAUGUGCCCCUUAUUGUAGUGGUUGUGGUUCCUUGGGAGCUGGGAGAUAAGCAUGGCAUGGGAUUCUUUCUGGCAGGAAAGUACCACAGGUGAGAGGGAAUUCCGUGCAGAUGAUGUCUCGGCUGGUGAAAAAAGGAUGGAUCUUUGCAUCCUCUUGAGGUAGAUCAGAUGUCCUGGCAGGUGAUGGAAAGUCACAGAAGAAACGUGUGCAGAGGGGCAGUCUUGCGAUCCCUGCAUCUUGCUAUUGCAGAUACGUAGUUUUCAGGAUGCAAUUGCAUUUCGAAGCUGGAAGUUUUCAAUAGCUGUCAAGCAAGGCCUGCAGUUCAGCAGUGCACUGGCCUCUAUCUCCUUUUUUUUGCAUUUUUGUACUAAAACAACGGCGUUCUCUUUGUCUUUCACACAGUUGGGACAAAGGGGUUUGGGAGAGCCUUAAGCCUCUGAUUGGCUGCUGCUGGGAAUGAGAUGAUGGGCUCCUGAUCUUAAUCCAGAAAGGCUGGUCUGUUGCCAUAUUGGUGGGCUUUCUUUAGACUGCAUCUCUGUGGGUGUGCCUGCCUGGGGAGUGGGAUGCAUAUUGGAACAUGAACUUGGGAAUGAUUAAGGACCCUCUGGUUUCCUUACAGAUUUUCCAUUCAUGUGCAGUUGGAUGGUUGCUUGCACAGGCAGGGCUUCACUUUCCUUGCCACCCCCCACCCUGCAAAUUAAUUCCAUGUCAUGUAAUGUAUGGACCCUUUAUUCAAUUGUUGGUGGCACACCGUAAUAGGAAUGACAUGGAUUUGCGGUGGGAUCCUGCUUUCAGCUGCGUUGGGUUACGCUGAGGUUCUUCAUCGCCUUUCAGAAAUAUCAAGCAUUGCAAAAAGAAUUUUGGAAGUGUGUGUGUGUGUGGGUACCAUGCCUUUUCAACAGAUCAAAGCUCUAAUAUGAUCCAGGAUUGUGGGGGCAGCGGUGGACCAUUUGGAGGGACUGGCCAGGAAGAACACAAGACACACACACGGACACACAUGCAAUGCGCACACCCAAACAUUGCCCGAGCAUGCAUGCAAUUUCUUCACCCUCGGUUCCCCAGCGCAGUUCCAAAGGACGCUGUUGGUGGGUGGCCUUUGUCUGGAGCAGAAAAGGGGAUGAGAUACUUGCCCAUCAUCUCUCCUAAUUAGUAGCGGAGCCUGGCAGAUGGCGAAAGUCCUUGGAGCAUCUGCCCCUCAUUACGGCCGAGCCCCUCCCCUUUAAUGGGACACCACUUAGAAUGGAAGAAGGAUGGACUUUGGGGAGAAAACAGAAACAGGUUCCGGGGGGGGGGAGCGGCUCUGGGGUGGGCUGCUCCUCCCCACAGGAAGUGGGGAGGCUGUUCAGCAUGCUGGGAUGAGCUUGUGGCAGCAGCUGGCUGCCAUUCAAGGCCGGUGGCUCUGGGAGCGAUGCUGGUGUCAAUGGCUGUGCGAAGCAAGGGCUGACUUAGCAGGAGGGCAUUUGGGGUGGGUGCCCUCUAAAGUGGCUCUCUUUGGGCCCCAGAACCGCCUCCUAGCUUUCAGCAACAAGGGAAGACGAAGUGGGUUCUGCAACAGGGUUGCAGGAUGGAGAGCUUCCAUUCAGAAUUACCGUAUUUUUCGCACCAUAGGACGCACCGGACAAUAGGACACACUUUGUUUUAGAGGGGGGAGAACAAGAAAAAACUUGUUCAGUGAAGUGGCAGGAGGCGCUGUGCAGAGAGGGGGAGAACUUUCCCCCUCUUGUUUUCCCGCUCUAAAACAAGGUGCCGUUUAAGGUGCGUUCAGGCGGCUAACCUGAAGCCUGGAGAGCGAGAGGGUCUGUGUGCACUGACCCUCUCGCUCUCCAGGCUUCAGAUUCCUGACCUGCUCUUUGGGGCUGGCGGGGAAGCCCACCACCAGCCCCAAAGAGCAGGUCAGGGAGCAGUGGAAAGGCGCAGCAGAGAGGCUCCUGCCAUAGCCGUGCAACACCUCUCCAGCCGGGAGAGGGUCGCUAGGCAAUGGCUUCUUUAGCCCCGCGCGCGCUCUCCCGGCUGGAGAGGUGACGCACGGCUAUGGCAGGAGCCUCACUAGCCGCGCGUCACCUCUCCAGCCGGGAGAGGGUCACGGGGGGGCUGCUUUAGCCCCACGCGCGCUCUCCCGGCUGGAGAGGUGACGCGCGGCUAUAGAAGCUCCUGCCAUAGCCGCCCGUCACCUCUCCAGCCGGGAGAGGGUCGCGGGGCUAUGGCGUCUUUGCUCCAUAGGACGCACACACAUUUUCCCUUCAUUUUUGAAGGGAAAAAAGUGCAUCCUAUAGAGCGAAAAAUACGGUAUCCCCGAGAACAGCCUGGAGGAGAUUUUUGUGGCCAUUGAGGACGCUCUGUUCUCCAUGGGCUGUUUGGGGAGUUCUUCUUCUCCCUGGGAUUUUUAAAGAAAGAAAUGUCACAGGUACUUCUGAAAACUUUGAAGCUCCUCCUGAGCAGUGUCAGAAACUCAGAUAUAUAAGAUAAUCACCAAAUGGCACCUUCAACCCAGGUUGUGGUCAUCUAGGCACCCUACUGGCACAACACAUCAAAUAAAAUAAUUCAGAACAAAACAGAUUCAAGCUUCAAGGGAAAUCACUCGGAUCCUUUAAGUGACAUCGUGCUUUCCACAUAUUUAUUUCGUAAAACAUAUACAGUGGUACCUCUGGCUACGUUCUGGAGGUCCGUUCUUAACCUGAAACUGUUCUUAACCUGAAGCACCACUUUAGCUAAUGGGGCCUCCUGCUGCUGCUGCGCUGCCGGAGCACGAUUUCUGUUCUCACCCUGAAGCAAAGUUCUUAUUCUUAACCCAAGGUAAUAUUUCUGGGUUAGUGGAGUCUGUAACCUGAAGCAUAUGUAACCCGAGGUACCACUGUACACCACUCGAUUGUAAACAAACAACCCCCCCAGCAAUCUCAGUGAUUCGCAAAGAGAAUGAAACAAUAAAAUUAUCAGUAAAUAUAGUUCAGAGGAACCAUUUAAAACAUUUUUUUAAAAAAGCAGCAGGAGACUAGAAACAGAUUAAAACUUGCACCACAAUUCCAUAUCUCUGGGUUUAUGGGAGUUUGUGGGCGCUGCUUGCAGUUUCUGGUUGAGAGGAAAGUGUUAACUGGAAGUUUGGCUUUCCUUCCUGGCUGGCUGUUGGGGGUUGCUGCACUAAGGCACCUUCUCCUGUGUGAGCCCCUGAGGCGGAAAGCCUUGGCUGCCGUUCCUGUCUGAGUCCAUUUGCCAGAUGUUCACCUUCCUCUGCCCCCGCCCUUCCCUCCCCAGCGCUUCCUGUGUGGAGCAGGGCUCUCCCCAAAGCGGCUCCUUUCCUCUCCCCGCUUCCCAUCCAGCCUUCCUCUGCUCCUCGGGUCCCCAUGACGCAGAGGGUGUUGCAUGCUUCUCCCUCUUUCCGCACCAGCCGGUUUCCACCCGGCGCAGCUGAGCGUGACUCUGCAACCGCCUAGCCCCUUUCCCCUGAAGCUACAGGGGAGCACAUCCAGGAAUACACCUCGGUCCUUUUGCAAAAUGUGGGAGGUGAGUCUUAGAAUCAGAAUUGCAGAGUUAGAAGGGACCUCCAAGAAUGUCAGCUCAAGCAUCCAUGACAGAUGGCCAUCUAACCUCUGCUUAAAAACCUCCAAGGAAGGGGAGCCACAACCUCCCAAAGGGAGUCUGCUCUAUUGUCAGAAAGCUCUUUGUGAUAUUGAGCCAAAAUCUCCUAUCUUGUCAUUGGAAGCUAUUGGUUUGAGCCCUACCCUCCAGAGCAGGAGAAAACAAGUUUAUUCCAUCUGUGACAGCCCUUAAGAUCUUUGAAGAUGGCUCUCGUAUCAUCUCUCCAUCUUUUAUCCAGGCUACACAAACACAACAUAUCCAGCUCCUUCAACCAUUCCUCAUCAGGCAUGGUUUCCAGGCCCGUAAUCAUCUUGUUCAUCCUCCUCUGCAAACCUUCCAGCUCAUCAACGUCCUUCUUAAAUUGUGGUGCCCAGAAGUGGACACAGUAUCCCAGGUGUGGUUUGACUAGAUUCGAGUGGUGCCCUGACUUCCCUUGACCUGGACACUAGACUUCUCUUGUUGCAGCCUAGAAUAGCAUCAGCUUUUUUUGCUGCUGCAUCACACUGUGGACUCAUGUUCAGUUUGUGGUCCACCCAGACCCCCAGAUCAUUUUCACUAGUAAGCCAGGUGUCCCCCAUCUUGUAUCUGCGUAGCUGUUUCUUCCUGCCUUACAUUUUGUCUGGAGUCUGUCAGGUUGCCCAAGACCUCGAUUCUAUGCUGAGCAGAUGGAAGCUACAAGAACAGCCCUGCAGCAGGAUCAGACCACUAACGCAGCAUCCUGUCCCCACCCCUGCCAUGGCCAGCUGGGUGCCCCAAGGCAAGGCCGCAAGAACUGCUGGGUUUCCCAUAAUAGGCACCUGGCUAGAUGGGUCAUUGGCCUGAUCCUGUAGCCAGGUUCAUAUGUUCCCAUAUGUUCAGGAGCAUGCUAGCUCUGAACAGGGGAGGUUCCUUUUAGCCUAGGGUGACAUUGGCACCCAACUUUCUCUUCCAUGACUUAGCCCUGCAUUGGAAGCCGCCUGAGCCAGCACCCGUCUUCCAUCUCAUGUGCCAGUGAGUUUGCUUAAUUUUGGGGGGCUGCUUGUCAGCUGGAUGACCCCAAACUCCUCCAUUUGGCUACUCUAAGAGGUAAGCAGGCACAGACUACUUGCUUGCUCUGGGGACCUUGCUUGAGCAAGACGGCAGGACUGUGGCUUGGACGAGGAAGGUGGGAACAGAGGCCUCCAGAGUCUGUUGGACUCGAGAGCCCAUCCUCCCUAGCUUGUGUGGUCAAGGGUGAUGGGCAUUGUAGUUCAGUUUGCUAGAAAUUACAGGAAGGGGAGAGUACUCUUGUGUCCGAAUCCCACUUGCUACUUUGCCAUAGUUCAGCCACUUAGAGGUCAAGAUGCUGGACUAGGUGGGCCAUGGGCCUGAUCCUGCAGGCUCUUACGAUGUUGUGGAUAUCUAGAGAGCACAUGUUCCACAUCCUUGACCUAUGAAGGGUGGCUGUGUGAGCUGUGUGUCUUAAAAAGCUUUGCCUCUUAAAAGUGUGGGAUGGGGAAAGUGGUGUGUGUGUGUGUGUAUGUUUUGAAAAUCACAAUGUGCCCAACUUGGACUAGAACCCCAUUUCCCGUCGCUGCUGUUCUCCCAGCUCCUGGGGUGCAGCAGGUGGCAAGCAGGCCACAAGCUGUUGUCCGGUUAAUUUCGGCUGAGCUGCAAAUCUGGGAAUGAGCCUUGUGAAUUAUCAUAUUAUCCACCUGAUCGCACAGCUGGCUCAUGCUGGCAUUGGUGGAGAUGCCAGCCCUGCGGGGGCCGCCAACACUCUUGAUGAGGGUGAACUUAGCUGGAAUGCGAGGCCUUGGGAAAAGGGGGAAGCAGCCGGCUUCGCUUGAGGACCUGGGGGCUGGCAGUCCCAGGAGAAUCGCUUGGAAUUUUCUCAGAAUUGCAGUUGCUUCUACAUAGUUACCAGCAAAGUAGUCUGUCUUGGGAGCCUUUGGUGAAACAAAAGAUUUCUGAAAGUGCAAGUUUUCAAUGCCGGCUGGAUCAAAUCUUUGUGUAGGUCAGGCUUCCUCAACCUCGGCCCUCCAGAUGUUUUGAGACUACAAUUCCCAUCGUCCCUGCUAGCUAGGGAUCAUGGGAGUUGUAGGUUGUUGAUGCUCUCAAAUAACUCUUAAUAGGUUCACGAGGAAGGACUUCUUGUGAAGAUGUGCUUUCCCAGGUGAGGCUCACCCAGUGCACUCCAGGUGUGGUGAUCUCUGCAUUUCCCCCAAAUCCCGGAAACCUGACUGCAUGAUUUGUGCAUGUGAUGGGAGUGGGCGCCCCUGUCUCCAGGGAAGGCCAGAUAUCCCUCUCCUAAUGUUGUUCUAGACUUGGUACCGUAGGCACAGUGUUACAAACUUAGAUAUAUAAGCUAGGCAUCAAAUGGCUUCUUAAACCAAGGUUACAGUUGCCAAAACAGAAUGCCUAGUUGCCAUUUUGGGGCCAGUCGUAUUUUCCCAUAAAACGUUUUGGUUCCUGAAAUUCGUUCUGAUUGGGCAGAUAAAAUUUCACAGACAGAGUUCUGCAGGAUGUGUUGUUAGUGUGGGGAAACAGGCAAGAUAUAGAUGGUGGAGAUGUCAGGCAUCAUCCUGGCACCUGGGCAUCCUCACUUGGUCUCAAGUGGCUGAUAGCCAGGUGCAAAAUGCACCUGGCAGAUUUUGACUGCUGCAUAGAAGCGUAGAGUCCAGGAGGACACCAUCGUCAAUUGUACUGAAAGCUACAGAGAAGCAGGAGCCGGGUUGCACUCCCGCCGCCCUGCUCUCUGCAGAGGUCGUCUGUUAGGGGUGGCCAAUAGCAACUCGGUCGCACAGCCAGGCCUGAACCCAGAUUAGGACGGAUCUAAAUCAUCUGUGCCACAAUAAUCUUUCCCCAUUUGCACCUGCAAGACUGUUGCUCCAGUCCAAGGGGUCCAGAGCUGGUUUCUUCUGGAGUAGCCACACAAGGGGGGGGGUCUCUUCUCGCUGUAUAUAAAAAUGUGUGAGGUUUAAGUUCUUGCUUAAUCGACUUUUGGGAACUUUGAGCAGGUCUGACUCUGGAGAGGCGGCUGAGCUUGUUUUCUCUCAUAUGUCAUGCUUGCUUCAAGGAGUAACCAGCAGGGCUUCCUCAGCUGGGCUUGUAAUUGUCCUGUUCCCCGUGGAAUGCAAAUGCAUGAUUGCGUCCUCGUGCUCCCUCCAGGAUAUGAUUAUAUGGCCCCACGGAGCCAUUCCUGGCUGCCAGAGACUUGCCACAACUUGCCCCAGAGAGUUGUACUCAGGAGGAAAUCUGGGGCGCCGAUUCGGACCUAGGAGCAAAGCGGGGAGCUCUGAGCCCUGAGGGCUUGUUGCUCCUGCGAGACUCGUUCCAUUUCUGCACAGUUCUGAUCUCGCCCCUGCGGGGUUUGUUUUCUAGCUCACACUGGGGAAAUCUUAGAACGGUGGCCAGGCCAGUCCAUCUCCCCUGCAAUGCAGGAAUCACAACCAAAGUAUCCAUGAGCUCUUUCUGGGUCUACUGAAAACCCUCUGCAUGUUUGUGGCAUUGCAUGUCAGGAAGAUCUUUGAGAUGCCUGUUGGUGCUGACCUUUAAAGCCCUAAACUGUGUUGGUCCAGUAUACCUGAAGGAGCGUCUCCACCCCCAUCGUUCUGCUCAGACACUGAGUUCCAGCUCCGAGGACCUUCUGGCAGUUCCCUCCCUGCGAGAAGCCAAGUUACAGGGAACCAGGCAGAGGGCCUUCUUGGUGGUGGCACCUGCCCUGUGGAACGCCCUCCCACCAGAAGCCAAAGAGAACAACAACUACCAGACUUUUAGAAGACAUCUGAAAGCAGCCCUGUUUAGGGAAGCUUUUAAUGUUUGAUGCAUUGCUGUAUUUUAAUAUUUUGUUGGAAGCUGCCCUGAGUGGCUGGGGAAACCCAGCCAGAUGGGCGGGGUAGAAAUAAUAACAUUAUUAUGCCUGCUUCUCCACGCCAGACCAAUGAGAUCUUGCUGCUGCUCCCAUUUCAACAAAGGACACCGUCCCCAGGUGUCACUUGCUGUGCAUGUGGCUUGGUCUUCGUUGGAGAUGUCCAGCCAGCUGGUCCAGGGAGCUUGUCUUCCAAUCCCUCACCUUGUUGAAAAACUCGGGACGGUCUCCUGUUGCUCCCGGAGCCCAGCUUGGAAGGUGCUGCGCCCGACUGCCAGAAGAAGCCCCAGUUUGGGCCUUGAAGCUUCUUCCUUCUGCAGUUCCCAUUUCUUGUGUUGACGCUCGACCUUUCUUCCAGCCUCCUCCAACCUGGUGCCCUUGAGGGCAGGUGCUUGAGGAGCCAUCCCCAAGAGGGGGUGCAGUCACUGAGCAAGCCUAGUCCUAGAAUCAGAAUUGGUUUUAUUUAUUUAUUUUAUUAACAUAUAAAACACAUACAUAUACAGUUACACAAUACACGUACACAACACACUACGUAAUUUUCAUAACAUAAAAGAUACCUACAUUAUAUAAUACCUACCUAUACUGUACAUAUCAACAUACCUACACACCUACCCCACACGGACACCCACCAAGUGACGAGUUCCAGCCGUUCUUGUUACGCUACUUUAUUUUUCCAAGUAGCUUAAACGCAUUUUAUUAUUUCUUUAAUCUCUUCUUUUAUCUUAACUUUACUCUCCUUUCACUCUAAUAAUUUUCUGGAUUCACUCAAUAUCUGUCAGAAAUUCUACUUUUCCCACAUAAAUUUUGAUGUAUUCCUUAAAGAUAGCCCACUCCUUAUUCACUUUUUGUACCAGAUCUCCUCUUAUCCUCCCUGUUAGUUCGGCAAUAUGGAAGUAUUCCAUCAUUUUAGAUUACCAGUCUGUUUUACUUGGGACGCUGCUGCUUUUCCAAUUUCUGGCAAUCAAUAACCUUGCCGUCGUAAUUGCAUACAUAAAUAUUGCUCUGACCGUUCUUUUUAUCUCCUCUGACAUGAUACCUAGGAGAAAGGAUUCUGGGUUUUUUUCAAAUGAAAACCUAAACAUCUUUUUUCAGUUCAUUAUAGAUAUUUUCCCAGAAUCCCACUAUCUUUUUGCACUCCCACCACAUAUGUAGAAAGGUUCCUGCCCCGUUGUUGCAUCUCCAACAUGCAUCACUACAGUUUUUGUUACAGAAUUGUAGUGUUGGAAGGGAACCCCUAGGGCCAUCUAGUCCACACACACACACACACCCGUGAUGUGUGCCAUUUGCACAGGAGGGCGAUCCAGCUGCUGUGGUCUCAUCCGGCAGGGAUGCUCUUAACAGAUAUUUGGGGCAGAGCAGCUGGAUCCUCAGCCCUUCCCUCCGGGAUCUGGCCCAAUAUGGUUUCUGGUUUGGAAUUCCUGUGUCGCUGCCGACAAACAUCCUGCACUGCGGGGGCAGACCAGAGGACCCUGUGGCCGUUCGAUGCUCCAGCCUGCCCCUUCUCUGCAAGUCUCCCUUCCCACAACUUCCUUCAGCCCUUUCAGGAACUGGUAAAGACAAGUUAAGUGUCUUCUCUCUCCCUUUUCUUAAUUGCCGCUCUUGCGUGGAUACCAGAUGGGAAAUCACCCGACUUCUCUGGCGGCUCCGCCUGACCUUGGCAAGACGGGUAAUUAAAAGUCUGACUCUGCCGUUAUCGGCAGAUGCGCUCCAACUUGGAGAGGCAUCACAGGGAAAUAAAAACAAUGCUCUUCGGGCUCUGGAGGAGGUCUGUAGGGGAAGAAGGCUGCAGGCUGAGUCCCCAGAAACUGCAGGCAAGGGGGAGGGGUGUCCCCCUGCCCCCCAAAACGGUGGAGAGAGCCGCUGCCAGUCUCCAGGCAAUACUAUUUAUCAAUUAUUAUUUUUAUUUGUUGCAUUAUUCUAUCCCACCUUUCCUUCUAAGGAGCUCAAGGUGGAGUACCUGCUUCUCCCCCUCCUCAUUUCCCCCCAACAACAACCCUGUGAGGUAGAUUAGGCUGAGAGGCAGCAACCCAGCUUCCAAGGUCAUACCCGGUGAGCUUUGUGACUGAGCAGGGAUUCGAACUCUGGUCUCUCGCAGGUCCCAGUCCCAACACUCUAACCACUACACCACGCUGCUAUAUAAGGCAAAGAUCUGACACCUCCCUGUGUACAUUUUUUAAAAAACCUUCACAUUUCCUCGGAGGAACCACCCGCAACCCCAAGAAAACGCCACACAUUUAUAUUAACCAGUGAAUCACUUAAGAGGAACGUGUUUUGCAGAUGUGCACUGUUGUGGCGUGCUAGAAGGGAGCACAGCCUUUCGGAAGUUGUUAGGAAACUUUGGCAGAUCACGGCUGAAACAGCUGCUUAGGCAUGAAUCUCCCUUUGUCUGGGGGGCAGAAGCAUUGAAGCCGCUCUGGCUGGCAGCUGGAGAGACCCCCGAGGAACCUCUCGCUUUUCAGACUCCAUUGAGGAAGAAUGGCUAGUUGGGAAAGGCGAGAAAGAAACGGACAUGGCAAAUAUAAUAGCCAGCCCUUCAUUGCAGGCAGGAGCCUCAUCUGCUGCAGCAGCACAGAAUGUGGCUCGGGCUGUGUCAAUGUGACUUUAAUUUUCCCGUCUUAGAAGUGGCUUUAUGUCAACAACAACAACAACAACAACAACAACAACAACAUUUUUUAAUUAUUUAUACCCUGCCCAUCUGGCUGGGUUUCCCCAGCCACUCUGGGCAGCUCCUAACAGAUUAAAAACAGAAUAAAACAUCAAAUAUGAAAAACUUCCCUAAACAGGGCUGCCUUCAGAUGUCUUCUAAAAGUCAGAUAGUUGUUUAUUUCCUUGACAUCUGCUGGGAGGGCAUUCCACAGGGUGGGCACCACCACCGAGAAGGCCCUCUGCCUGGGCUUUCCAUCACCCGCUCCCCGGCCAUUUUUGCCCGCAGGUGCCAGGAACUGAACCAGGGGCCUUUCUGUAUGAAGUGUGAUCCCCCCCCCCAGUUAAGGUUUCUGCUUUUGUUAAAACCAAGCUUCUAGUCCUCAUGGUAUGUCUGAAAGGCAUUGAGCGGCACCUACAUUGGAAGCUGGAACAGUCAGAUAUUUGGGAUGUGGUGCCUCUGCCCUUCUGUGACAAGUGAAAUAAGAAAUAAUUUGCAGAUGUUCCUAAAUGUAUAAGAGCCUCAGAAUCCGAUGCUUCUCGGUAUGAAUUUCUUGAAGUGUCCGAUGCACCCAGAGCGGGGAGGAGCUGGCGUGUCAAGGCAGGCGGCUGUCUUUCUGGUGCUCCAAAGGCAGCGACAGGAAAUGCGCCUCCCGUCCUCAUGGAAAGGUGGAUGGUGCAAACGCAGGCUGGAGGUGCUGCAAAACGCCUGAUGUGCAAAAUUGGUUUGCCAGGGCAAGGAAGGAAGGAAGGGAGCAAAGCUGUAUGGACAAUUGGGAUGCUGUUGUGUAAGGGAAAUGGAGGAGAAACUCGGGAGCGAGUGUUUCUUCUUAAUUGUGUUUUAUAUCGUUAUUAAAUUUGUAUACCACCCUGUACCCCUAGAUUUUGGGGCGAUUCGCAAUGUAAAAUUACAAUUUGAAAAAGACAAAGUACAAGGUGUGACCAGAAGUCAGACAGUGAGAAAUGUUUGGACAUACAAUCGGCAUCGGAAACCCACGAAAUGCUCACAGUUGUGUGGGGAGAUGAAGCUGUAACUCGAAAGGCCGUGUGUCAGUGGUUUAAGCGUUUCUGUGAAGGGCAGCAAACCAUCGAAGAUGACUCUCAAUCUGGCAGAACGUCAACGAGCAGAACAGCAGCAAAUGUCGACGGAGUUUCUGAGUUAUUGAUGCGGGAUCGGCGUUUGUCCGUCUGAAUGAUAGCGGAAGAAAUGCGUAUUCCGCGUGAAAUCAUUACUGAGGUUACUGAGUUGUCCUACCCUCCAUAUUCUCCCAAUCUGGCCCCACCGGAUUUCUUUUCCAAAACUGAAAUCAGCGCUGAAAGGGCACAAAUUUUUCCAACAUUUCACACAUCCAAGCUGCUAUGACGAAGGAACUGAAAGCAGUAUGAAAAGAGGUUCCAACAGUUCUACGAACGUUGUCAACGGUGCAUUGUAUCAGAGGGGGCCUGCUUUGAAGGCCUGUAAGGGACCCGGGUGGCGCUGUGGUCUAAACCACUGAGCCUAGGGAUUGCUGAUCAGAAGGUCGGUGGUUCGAAUCCCCGCGACGGGGUGAGCUCCCGUUGCUCAGUCCCUGCUCCUGCCAACCUAGCAGUUCGAAAGCACAUCAAAGUGCAAGUAGAUAAAUAGGUACCGUUCCGGCGGGAAAGUAAAACGGCGUUUCCAUGCACUGCUGUGGUUCGCCAGAAGCGGCGUAGUCAUGCUGGCCACAUGACCCAGAAAAACUGUCUGCGGAAGUGGACAAACGCCAGCUUCCUCGGCCUGUAAAGCGAGACGAGCGCCACAACCCCAGAGUAGUCCGCGACUGGACCUAAUGGUCAGGGGUCCCUUUACCUUUACCUAAGGCAUGUAUGUUCGAAUAUUUCUCACUGUCCGAUUUCUAUGACCAUUCACCGAACUUUCCGGUCACACCUUGUACAUAAUAAAAAUUAGAACAAAAACACCACCAGGCUUAGGUUUGCCUGCUGGCAAAAUCCUGGGGUUUGAGGCAGCUGGGCUGCAUUAGCCAUGAAGCUAAGAAUCAAAGAACCCUGCAGGAUGAGGUCCAUCUAGUCCAGCCUCCUGUCCUCCCAGUGGCCAGCCAGAUGCCCCCAAAGGGAAGCAAACUUGCUCUCUCUGCUAUUCUAAGGUAGACUGGCCCUGUCCAUGGAGGUUCUGCAUAGGAAUCAUAAGGAAUUUAGAGGAGCCCUGCAGCAGCUGGAUCAGGCCAAAGUGGGGUGGGGGAAGCCGGCUGUGCAGACUUGCUGGUCCAUGGAAGGCCGGCAAGCCAGCAGUCGGGUUUUUGCCUGAUUUUUUGACCCUCCUGCACAGUUUCAAGUUUCGGCCUCCUUCGAAAGAAGGCUAGCUGCAGUUCUGGCAGCAUUCCUUUCCAAUGAAUCCAUGUAACCCAACUCCCCGGCUGGCUUUUGGGGCAGGGGCUCGGGAAAUUCUUGGCGAGUCCCGAAGCCUUUCUCUCUGCCGCCCCACUCCCGAGUCCUAUUUCUCAGCUACUCGCUAAAGUGGCGCAUCCCUUAAAAUCUUGGUUGCAAAAACUUCUUCCCUUAACAGCACUAAUCGGAAAAAUCUUUAGUGCCUUUUUCCGUCCUAUGUAUUGCUAGGGAAAUUGUUUUUACCAAUAAUGAUAUUCAUGGCAUUCAUAUCCCUCCUUUUUCUCCCCAAAGAGCUAUAGGCAGUAUAAAGAGGAGAAUGUCAUUUUCAAUGGUGAAAAUGGGAAGCCGUUCGAAAAUGGAAACAAUUGAUUCCGGGUUUUUGGCAUUCGGGUCCCGAAAUGUUCGGCUUCCAAGAUGCUCGAAAAAUGAGGUUCCACUGUACCUGCGCAGGGUUGCAAAGCAGUUCAUAAGGAGGCGAGCCAAAGGUUUAGGCUGGAGGAUUUGUGAGUGGCCCAGGGCCUUCCCCCUGGCCAGCCAGCCAGCCCCCACCAAGGCCUCAGGGGUGUCUGCCUUGACUAUGGGGUUGGGAGCAAGGAAUUGCAGUCUGUUCUUCUGUAGGGAGAGUGAAGAGGGAGUUUUCAGGCCCUUUGCCUAGGCGAGGGUCCCUCUGAAAGUCUUUGGGUCUCUGCUCUGGCAGAUAUAAAACGAGGCAGAAAUAUACCCUCAAAGCACUUAGCAAUUCUGUGAACCCUUGGUCAUUGAAGGGAGCUGCCAGACCUGUGGUCUACUGAGCUCUCUGCAGAUAUAUUUGCAAAAAAAAAAAAAAAAGGUUCCCUUGCGCUUUUGUUUUCUCAGAGGUUAUGUGACCGUCCUAGAGUAAAGUGUGUGUGUGUGUGUGUGUGUGGAACAACACAAUGCCAGUUGUUUGAGAAUCUGGCAUCUCUGGGUGGUACCGGCUUGGUGGACAAAUGGCCAUAUGCCAAAUUAGUCUAUGGGAUGACCAGUAUGACAGGCAGUAAAUAAAAACCUUGAAAGGAGCAGAAAAAUAAACGACCUUCUUGCAUGUGGGUGAACAUCGGACGCUGCUCUGCCUGGCUCCACGUUUUCUCUGCCAAGGAGGUGCAGCAGAGGGGCUUCUGGAUUAUGUUGCACUACAACUCCCAUCAGUUCUAGCGGCCAGCAUGACCAACGGUCAGGGCUGAUGAUAGGAGUUGCAGUCCAUAUGGACGGCCGCCGGGUCCCCAGCCCUGGUCUCCCAUGGUGGGCUGGUUUUGGGAAGAGAGUCUUCCGCAGCCCUACCUGGAGACGCCAGGGCUGCUUGCAGGGCAGACGCUCAGCUGCGGCCCUUUCUAUCCGGUGGGUGCUGCUAAGAGCUCAGCCCAGCCGUAGCAGCUUUGCCGCUUCAUGCAAACCAAUAGUCAAGGAUGGAGACUUGUUGAGUCAGUGAUAUUGUCCUCUUCUCUUGCUGAAACAGAGAGGAGCAACCUUCCCAUUCCUUAAGGCUGCCUUUUAUUCCCAAGGCAACCCAGCAGCUGCCUUUGUGCUGUGGAAACGGCUUAGGUCUUCUUCUCCCCCCGCCCCUCCAUUGCAGCUGUCUUCCCUUUCCCAAAGCUGUUCUUGGCCGCCUCUCUCCGGCAUCCCAGAUUGUCCCCAGAAGGGAGAUCUCCUUACCCCCCUCUCCUUCUUUCCCCCUUAGAUGAGCCUGCUGGGUCAGGCCAGGAGCCCAUCUAAUCCAGCCUCCCCUUCUCUCAGGGGCCAACCAGAUGCUAUUUAGGAAACCCACAAGGCAGGUUUUGAGCGCAUGAGCAGCGCACUCUCCUCCUGGGGUUUCCACAACUGAGAUUCAGGAGCAUUGCUUCCUCCAGCUGUGGAGCCAGGGCAGAGAUAUCCUGGCCAGUAGCCAUCAAUCGCCCUCUCAUCCUCCAUGCAUUUGUCUAAUCUUCUUCUAAAGCCAUCCAAGUUGGUGUCCAUCAUGUGGGAGGGAGUUCCACAGUCUAACUCUGCACUGCAUGAAGAAGGACUUUAUCAGCCCUGACGCUUUGCUGGGUGUCCCCGAGUUAGAGUGUUAGGAGGGAGGGAGGAAAGUAUCACUUUCUCCAUGCCGUGCAUCAAUGUACAGUCAUACCUCGGGUCACAGACACUUCAGGUCGCGUUUUUUUGGGUUACGGACCGCCGAAACCUGGAAGUACCAGAACGGGUUACUUCUGGGUUUCGGCGGCCACGCAUGCGCAGAAGCACUAAAAUCCCGCUUUGCACAUGUGCAGAAUUGCUGAAUCGCAACCCACGGGUUGCAAACGUGUGUCCUGCACGGAUCACGUUCACAACCCGAGUGCCCACUGUAUAAAGUUCUUCCAUGUCACCUCAUCCUUGCCUUUUCUCUAAAUUAUAAAAUGCUUCAAAUUUCACAGGGAAUUUGCCAACAGGGGCACUUAGGAAAUAUUCAGCCAUUCACCUGAUUGGUGAAGCAAAAUGAUUGGAAUCUGGCCAUAGUUUUUAAUAUGAUUUGCAAAAAAUGGGCCCCUCCUGGCCAUGACGGCAUUUUCAGUUUUGAGAAAUCUCUCUGCUGUGCCCCAGGCUUCUAGCCAUGUGCCUUUUAGAAAGACAAGCCCCUUUGCUGCCCCCUCGCUUCAGAAAGCAAGCUCAGGCGCAUCUGCCUUAAGGGGCCGGGGGUCCCCAUCUCAGAAGAACUUUGCCGUGGCCUCAACCGCAGACCUCCCUGAGCGAGCCUUGCAAAUAGGAACUAGCUGCAAGCGUGAGGGGGGCUGGGGGGGGUGGGUUAGGCACCCUGCUAGGGCGAAACAUGUUUCUUUUCUGAAUUGAUAGUAAUUAUUCCCAAAUUUGCACCUCUUAUGUGCAAAUUAGAAGAUGCGAAUCUAUUUGCUCUUUUUGUCUAAGUGGCCACCCAGUGAAAUCUAGGGACAUAAUUCUCCUGGCUUUGCUGGCAGAGAGAUGCAGAGCAGAUGACCAGCUUUGCCCAGGUGGCGUCCUAAGGGAGGCUUUUGUUUCCUUCCCCAUCUCUGCAAUGGGCAUCGUUUUCAGCAGUGAUGCUUUUUUGGAAGCCCUUUUGGAAAAAGCUCCCCCGGUCCGGGUUGCGUGGAGCCCCUGACAGCGCAGUCUCCUCGACCCCCACAUCCCAUUUACAUGAGACACCCGGCAGAACCAGCCUCCCUCCCCCCCUUCUACAUGACUUCUGCAUUCUUUGACUGGCCUAUUCAGCUUGGAAAUUCCAGCUCCCAGAUGUGAAUGAGCCCCAGCUGUGAAGAGGAACUUGAAAGGCAGCUUGGGGCUGCCUUGGGGGAUGGGAGAGGAGCUCGGGUCCACAGGAUGGGGGCCCACAUGCAGACACAGAGGGGGGGACUGCGGUCUGUGCAGCCCCAGGGAGAGCAGAUUUGGGGGGCCUCCAGCUGUUCUGGUUGAGAGUGGAUUCUCCCAUUUGGCAGAUGAAAAGGUUCCUACGUUCUUUAGGGUUGCCAGACCUCCAGCUCUGACCUGAAGUUUGCAGGUGGGUGAGAAAGCCCUUAAUAAGAAUUUAAAAAUCGCCAAGAAGACUGUGCAUUGCAAGCCUUCAGAACAGGAGCUGGCUGCAAAUUCUAGCGCAGAGUCAUAGAUUCAGAGUUGGAAGGGCCCCUUUAUCACCUAGUCUAACCCAGGCACCCCCAACCUUCAGCCCUCCAGAUGUUUUGGACUACAAUUCCCAUCAUCCCUGACCACUGGUCCUGUUAGCUCGGGAUUAUGGGAGUUGUAGGCCAAAACAUCUGGAGUGCUGCAGGUUGGGGAUACCUGGUCUAACCCCUUGCAAUGCAAGAAUCGCAACACUCAGCAAGAUCUGCGCUCCUAUGCUUCCUUCUCCCAAUUAAUCUCCGUCUCCAGGGUCCGUCCUGUGACAUCACUUGGGGCCACUCCUAGGUAUCAGGUUUGGGCCUGAAAAUCUCAGGGGCUAGAAUGCUCCUUACCUGGCAACCCUACACCGUAGACUCCACUUCUUUCAGGAUUGCAUUCUCAGCCACAAAACGGAUUUUCACAGUUGCUGUCCUGUUCCGUUGCUUUCAAAAUGAGGCUCGGGACUUUCAGUGUCUUGUGUGAAACUUUGUGGUUUUGCUGACUUCCAUGUUGAAAAAUGCCAAAGCACCAGGAUGGCUCCCAAAUUAAUUCCAGGCGUGUGUUUGUGGAGGUGCGGUGGUUCAGUGUGGGAAUGAUGCAAAGAACCAACGUGGCAUUUGGCCUGAUGGGAAUCUGUGUCACCAAGGGAUGUGAGGGAACUGGAUCCUGCCUUGAAAGUUCCAGGGCCAGUGGAGUCCAAGAAGGCUCCACAGCAGGGGCUGCCAGCAUGGCGCCCAGGGGCACACUGCUACCCCUGACCCUUGAACAACCCCCACCCCUUGGCCAGGUGGGGGGUUGCCUUUUUCCUCGCUCAGAAAUCCCAGGGGCCCCAAGAAGGCUGGUUCCUGUGGGAGGGAGUUCCACAGUUUUAACCAUGUGCUGAAUUUUCCAACGCUCGUCUUCACGGCAUGUGCUCUAGAACGGGGUGUUUGCAUUGCAACUCUGGAAAACAUGUGUGGAGGUGGAGACUUGCCCAGCUUUGGAAAGCUGUUUUAUUUCUCUCUCUCUCUUUCUGUUUCUUUUGCUUUUUUUGGAGCCUGCAUCUGCUGACGAAGCAAAUUUUGCCUUGGCUUCCUCUCUCCUGGGAGCCCUGCUUGUUAUGUCUAGCUCUCGCAGCAAACAAGAACCUCCAAGGCUACUCCUGACUGUGCCAAGGACUUGAAUUUUUGGAAAGCCAGAGUUAGCUGCUGCCUGAAGUCCCACGCUCUGGGAUGGGGGCCCCUCUAGGCCGGGGUCUUCAUUUUUAUGUCUCUCUUGAUUUCGAGGCCCCUGGAGCUCCCAGACCAGGUCUUCUCUGAGUCAGCUUGGCUGCAAACACAGCCCAAAGUGGGUGGUAAGGGAACGUUGAAAAUAACGGCUGAGGUUUCAUUUUGCAAGGCAUCCUUAAGGCGGCUCCAGGCUCCUCUGAAAUCCUCUUUACAGCAAGCUAUAGUUGCGCCUGGGUGUACCACAGUUCGGAAGCAAGUGUGCACAGUUCUACUUAGUACAUGAAGCAGAGUACAGGGAUCUGGGCCUCCCAAUAUGUUUCAUGGUUGACGGACGCCAUUUCUCUCUUUCUUUCUGUCUUACUCCCUUCCCUCCUUUCUUAGGAAUGGACCUUUCUGCCAAUCAGGACGAGGAGAGCGAUCAGGAAACCUUCCAACUGGAAAUCAACAAAGAUACUAAGAAAUGCACCUUCCGGACCUAUACUGGGAAAUACUGGACCCUGACCUCCAAUGGGGGGGUGCAGUCCACUGCCUCCACUAAGUGAGUUCUCUUUUAGGCAAAUGUGUCUGAAUGAGCUUUUGGGGCAUCCUUGUCAUCCUGUGAAUAGUUUAGAAUAAGAGAUUUUUCGGGGGUUUUAAAGGUUGCUGGUUUUUUUAUUUAACUUAUCGAGUGCCAUAAUUUCUAUACCCCAUUUCUUUUUAAAAAAGAAAAUAAAUUGUAGUGGUGAACAACACAAAAUCAACCACAACAUUAUGUCAAUAAAACAAAUACGGGAUGCGUCAUAAAUCCAUAGAGGAGAGUAGGGCAUCAACAGAACUGGAUCACUCUUCCAGGAAAGACGGAGUGAGCAGGUGAAUUUCAAGCAAUACGGUAGGUUCCUGUCUGGUGUUUGCUGGAAGCGCAUUCGAAGGAGGCGGGUGCCACCACACUAAAAGCCCUGGUCUCAAUGAGCAUAAGACAAACCAUGGGAUGAGGAGAGCCUUUGAAUUCAAUCCCUUUCCCAGUUUAUGAAUAGGGAAUGUGGGUCUCUCUCUCUCUCUCUCUCUCUCUCUCUCUCUCUCUCUCUCUCUCACACACACACACACACACACACACACACACACACACACAGUCUUGUGGCACCUUAGAGAAUUAUCAUCCUUAUGGCAUAAUCUUUUCUUGAUUACAGUCUACUUAAUCAAAUGCAAGUAAACAAAAGCAAAGUCCAUGAAAACUUAUGUUAGUAUUUGAAGAUGCCACAAAACUCUCUUGCUGCUGUCGCUGCGAGAGACUAAUGAGGGAUACCUCUCUGGAAAGAGAAAUCUAAGCUUCCUUGAAAUUGUCACCUGAGUCUGAAAACCUGAUCACCAGGGUGGCUUGUAAAAUUCCAGCUGCUGCCAUACAAUGCUGUCAUGCCCGUGUGCCAGCCAACCACUUGCUUUCCUCUGUGUGGAUCGAGGCCGGCUGCAUAUUGCUGCACAAAGCGCAGGGGGCCCCACUUCUCCCUGUGGGAAUGUUCAGGGAGAGGAUAUAUUGUUUAUUAAUAUCCUUCCUAACUUGCGCUAGCAAGUUCCUUUACUUAGAGUUUUACUUUGCCCUUUUCAACACACGGCGGGUAGCUGGUUGCAGGCUCGUGUAAGCUUCUCACUAUUAGGUUCCUAGUAAGUUCCCUUAUAUCUCUCUUAAAAUAAACACGCCACAAUCUUGUGUAAAGUAUAUAAAAGAUUUUACUCACAUCAGAUCAUAGUUGGAUCCCUGAAGGCAGACUUAGUUACAAAGUAUAUCCAUGUGGAUCUAUCCCAUGUGGAGAUAAUCCCAGUGCAUCUCUAGCUAAAAAGCUGCUCCAAUGACGAGGAAGUCAAAGAGAGAGAUAGUUCUGCUUGCCUUGUCCCUUUUGUUACCUGGGCAGGUAAGGUCAAGCCCACCUCUAGUCACAUGCAAGGGGAAGGAUGCUCCAGGCCAGGAGGAAACAGGAAGUUUUCGACUGGCUGGACCAAACAUUCCCCCGCAUCUCCACUCUAGGAAAACAAGUAGUACUUGACUGCUACUUAUAUAUGACAUCCCACACUCCCUGCAUGGAAAGCGAACCCCAGAGCAGCUGAGUCAGGGGCUCCAAGCUGUGUGCAUACCCUUCCCCACCCCAAAAGAAUAAAACCUUAAUGGCCGGGCUGUUGCUUCUCACGCUCAUGCGCUCUCUCUGCCACAGCAGGAAUGCCAACUGCUACUUUGACAUCGAGUGGUGCGAUCGGCGCAUCACCCUGAAAGCGGCAAAUGGCAAAUACGUCACAGCAAAGAAGAACGGGCAGCUGGCCGCCACGGUGGAGACAGCUAGUAAGGAUUCUUUGGCUUUGGAAGUGGGGGGAGUUGGGGGGGACUUAGAUCCAUGGGAUGCCCAGGGUGCGUGACAGACAAGACCUUAUUGCCCUAGACCAGAGAUGGGGAGCCUGCAGGACUCCUCCAAGUGAGGCUGGAUCCCUGCCCCCCCCCAAUCAUCCCUGACCAUUCACCCAUUCCCAAUUCCUAUAUAAGAAUCCAAUGUCUCUAUUCAGACCAGGUCUCUCCACGGUUUUAAGUUUGGCAAUAAGUUGCAAUACCUGGAGCCGAGGGGGUUGGGGGCCCAGCAGCAAGAGCCCCCACCUACAGGUGCCCCUCCCCUGCCUCAAACCACAGUCCUUUGAUGCAGAUGAGGUUCACCAUCAGCCUUGCAUGCUUUCCUUGAAAAGCUACAACCUCUGCCAUCUUCUGGCUGAGUAUUACUAUUUUUAAAAAGCUUGUAUCAAUCAAGCCUGCAAUAAACCCAGAUGCCAACUUUACUGCCACAUACUCCCGGAUGCGGGUGGCACUGUGGGUUAAACCACAGAGCCUAGGGCUUGCCGAUCAGAAGGUCGGAGGUUCAAAUCCCCGCAACGGGGUGAGCUCCUGUUGCUCGGUCCCUGCUCCUGCCAGCCUAGCAGUUUGAAAGCAAGUGCAAGUAGAUAAAUAGGUACUGCUGCGGCGGGAAGGUAAACGGCGUUUCCAUGCGCUGCUCUGGUUUCGCCAGAAGCGGCUUAGUCAUGCUGGCCACAUGACCCGGAAGCUGUACGCUGACUCCCUCGGCCAAUAAAGCGAGAUGAGCGCCGCAACCCCAGAGUCGGCCACGACUGGACCUAAUGGUCAGGGGUCCCUUUACCUUUACACCCGGACAACACCAUUACUGGCCCCAACAACAUCAAACAUACCAUUUCAGGACUAUUUAAUUGCUCAUCUUCUAACAUUGUGCAUGCCAUCAAAUGCCAACAGUGCCCUUCAGCUCUCUCUAUUGGACAAACAGGCCCAACCCUACGCCAAAGGAUAAAUGGACAUAAAUCUGACAUCAGGAAUCACAAGACAGAGAAACCAGUAGGAGAAGACUUCAAUCUCCCAGGACAUUCUAUACAAGAUCUCAAAGCAGCUGUCUUAUUACAAAAGAAUUUCAGAAAUAGACUGGAAAGAGAAGUUGCUGAAUUGCAACUUAUUACCAAACUUAAAACCAUGGAGAGACUGGUCUGAAUAGAGACAUUGGAUUCUUAUCUCAUUAUACAUGAUUAAGCUAUUUUUAGCCAUCUCACCCCUUGCUUUUUCCUGUAAGACCAAUUGCAGUCGUUAACAGUCGUCAACAGGUUUACCACACCUAUCAGCCAAUCACCCAUUCCCACCCCCCUUCUGAGUAAAACCCCUCCCCACCCUCCCACUAUAUAUAAGGGUCCGGUGACUUCUGUUUCAGUGUAUCUGAAGAAGUGUGGAUGCACACGAAAGCUCAGACCAAGAACAAACUUAGCUGCUCUCUAAGGUGCUGCUGGAAGGAAUUAUUUUUAUUUUGUAUCAAUCAGAUCUUUAAUACUGUCCUAGACUUGCAUAAGUAGAGGGGGUGGUACAAUCAUUUAGAAUCUGUAAAACGUUUUGGAAAGCUCAAAAGUAUUAAAACAGAAGGUAUAUCUAAAAGACUAUAAGAAUCUAAAAGAAGGGUUAGGAACAUUAAACGGAUAUGAAAGAGGAUAAAAGGUUAGUAUAUAAAAGACUACAACUAUCAAUUUAGAGAGCACUCUGAUGUGAGUGUUCAUUAAAUCUAGUUUGUGGCACAGGUCAUCAUCCGUCAGAUCUUGAGCGCUGCUGUGCAGAAUCCAGAAACGUAUGUUGUAGCAGGAUUGGUAUCUGACAGCAAGCAGGGACAUAUAAAAUUGUCCCGUGCACCCUGGGUACUUAAGAGUCAUGGGGAGAUGAGGCCAAUACGAAUACGAAAAGCUUGUAUACAGUGGAUGCAACAUGAACCGUGCGGGAUGCACAUAUGCAACCCGUAGCGUUCGCAACCCGCGUCUGCGAGUCUGCACAUGUGUGACCGCUGGAACCCGGAAGUAACCCGUUCCGGUACUUCUGGGUUUCGAUGCUUCAUAACCCGAAAAAAUGCAACCUGAAGCAUCUGUAACCCCAGGUAUGACUGUAUUUCUAUCCGCAAAGGUAUCAAGGCUGUGUGUGGAGAUUAAAAAGCCAGAGUAAAAAUGAUCUCGUGAUAACAGUAAGUGGGGAAUUUCUGAGCAGCAGAAUCGAAGGCCAGGAAAUGCCCCGAGAAAGAAGAAUGCCUUAUUCUUUUUAAUCGCUGGCAAAACUUAAGAGGGGAAGCUCUUCCCUGGCAUAACUGAAGCCUGUUUUCCCGAGUGUUCUUCCUUCCUCUAAGACAGUACCAGAGUCUGACUGAGCCAAGAGCGUCCGCCUGGUCUAGGACUGCUCUGGCAUGUGCAGGAGUUGGCCUUCCCCAAUGUGGUACUCUGCAGCCGUUUGGGGACUACAGAUCCCACAGCGCCUGCCAGCAUAGCCCUGCUCCCCAUCAUGGCUGUUAAGGAGGGGGCUGCUGCUUAGAAGGAAGGUGGCCAACCUCUGGACUUCUCUCGAAAGAGAGCCUCUGGGGGUCAAAGCGUCUGGGUAGGAUCUCAUGGGGAAAAGUAUAUUGAGUCCCCAAGCUAUGCAAGGCCACGGAGGUGAAAACCGAGCGCUCAAAAGCAGUGCAAUGCCCUCCGUCAAGUCUUGUUCCUGCCAGGAGCUGGGCCUCUGAAUUCUGCACCAGCUGAAGUUUCCCAACAGUCUCUAUAGAGUCGUAAGGGACCCUGUGGGUCAUCUAGUCCAACCCGCCCUGCAGUGUAGAAAUCGCAACUCAAGCAUCCCUGACAGAGGAGCAUCCAGCCUCUGCUUAAAAACCUCCAAGGAAGGAGAGUUUGCUGCUGUCCAAGAUCUUUUGCAGCCAGGAAGUCCUUCCUGCUGUUUAGUUGGAAUCUCCUUGGCCUGCAAUUCGAACCCGUCUCCCGGCCCAUGACCCUCCUUCUGUCUUCCCUGACGGACAGGUGAGACAGAACACUUCCUCAUGAAGCUGAUCAACCGGCCCAUCAUCGUUCUGCGGGGGGAGCAUGGCUUCAUCGGCUGCCGGAAAGUGACAGGAACCCUGGAUUCCAACCGCUCCUCCUACGACGUCUUCCAGCUGGAGUUCAACGACGGGGCCUACAACAUCAAAGGUGGGGAACUCCUCCUUGGGGUGAGGGGCUUGGCUUUGGUUCUGCUAGCCCAGGGUUUCCCAAACGUGGGCCUCCAGCUGUUUGUGGACUACAAUUCCCAUCAUCCAUGUCCACUGGUCCUGCUAGCUAGGGAUGAUGGGAGUUGUAGUCCCCCCAAAAAAGCUAGAGACCCAUGUUUGGGAAACUCUGGGCGCUAGGCAGGGCUGCAUUGACGUUCCGCAAGAAUGUCUUCUUUCCUUCUGAAAAGAGGAGCCACAUUUCUAGCCCUCCGUGUCCCCCGAGGUACCUCUGCUACAGGCAUGACCAAACUUGGCCCUACAGCUGUUUUGGGACUACAGUUCCCAUCAUCCAUGACCUGUUAGCUAGGGAUGAUGGGAGUUGUAGUCCAAAAACAGCUGGAGGGCCAAGUUUGGCCAUGCCUGCUCUGGUACCAUGUUGCUGGACUAAAACUCCCAGCAACCUGACCCUUGGCCCUGCUGGGCACUGGAGUUUCUCUCAGCCCCCUCUGCAGGGGGGCGGCCAUGUGAGCAACCCCUGGCGCUCAGUGUUCCAGGGAGAUUCUUCCUCCGCAGAGCAGCGUCACCCCUUUUCCCUUCCCCGCUUCCAGAUUCCACUGGGAAGUACUGGACGGUGGGCAACGAGGCCUCCGUCUCCAGCAGCAGCGACACGCCGGUGGACUUCUUUUUCGAGUUCUGCGACUACAACAAGGUGGCCAUCCGAGUGAACGGGAAAUACUUGAAGGGCGACCACGCCGGAGUCCUCAAAGCCUCUGCCGACACAAUCGACCCCUCCACCCUCUGGGAGUAUUAAAUGCACUUUAGCACUUCCCUCUCUGUGUUCCAAGCUCUCCAUCCAUCCACCCAGCCCUCUCCCCUCCUCUCUCUGUGUCUCCCCUCUUCACUUUCAGUUGCCAAUUUCUCUUGUUUUUCCUGUUCGGUUGCCUCCCUUCCUAAAACAGAGAGGCUCCCUUCCUCAGCUGUCCUGCUGCUUCUCUCCCGCCGUAGAAGUUUUGGGUUGAUCUUGUCUCUUUGAAACUGGAAAAAUGUAAUUAACCUGCAGGAAACUGUGCACUUCUUGCGGGGUGUGUGUGUGUUGCUUUGUUGGAAUACCAAACUCGGUCCUCUGAAUUUGAAAGGGAAUAAAUCCUGCUAAAGUAGAUCAGCCUCUGUCGCCCCCUUUAUUGGCAUCUCCCCUGAUGCCAUUUAUGUGGGGCGAUUCUAGUAUUGACCUAAGCCAAGAAGCUAGUUUAGCGAAGCCUCUGCUGUUUCCGCUUUCUUGGUUCAAUGCUGGCCAUGUGGAUAAGCCUGAAAAGGGCUUCUCCCUUCUUCUGUAGCCGGUCAGGAUCUGUCCGUCUCUCUUUCCUCCUUGGCUUUUUCAUAAACACUUCCUUUUCCUUACUCAGGCAGAGGAGUCUUCUCCUGGCACCCCUUGUCCCUCCAGGAAGUGUCCGGGGGGACAGCCAGAUGGACGGUGUGUGUGGGAUAAGUCUGAGCGUCAGUAUAGAGACUGACUUUGGCCAGCGAGUUAAGUACAGUUAAUAAGGACUAGACGCUUUGCCCACGUUUUUAAAAAUUAGCGAGCUGCUUUUGGUGGACCACUGCUACGUCAUUCAUCUCGUCGGGGGCUGAGCUUGAGGAAGAGCUCACCCUCCGUUGCUCUUAGGUGCCCAGGGAGCAUCUCUUGAGUAAAAAGGCUUGAAACAACCGCACUGACGAAGCUGUGCCACUGCCUUACUCUCCCUCUCCAUGUCCCUCGGGUGCUGCAAGUUGUUCUUAGAGCCCCUUUCCUCCCCCCUUUUAUAUUACUGUCUUUGAUAUCUCGAAAUAAUAACAGAAGGGAUCACAGCUACCUGUGAAAUUACUGCCUGUCCAUGACGGCAUCUGAUAGAUGUCAAACUGCACACGCUGAUCUGCACCAGUCCCUCUUCCUUGCCUCCGAUAGGGGGUGGGGGCCGUGAAAGACCUUUAUUUUACUCCUCCGUGCCUCCCAACAAGGAGUGGAUGGCCCCAGAGCCACGGACGGUGUCAUUUCCCUCUUCCUAAGUGACCCUCUCCUGGCUGGGACUUUGUGUCUCAAGGGGAGUCUUAUCUCAGUUGUGUUUGUGUGGGGGCAGAAGCAGAGGUUUGGGCUGAGGAAGAGGCCAGGAAAGGUGAUGAAUGGGGGCAGUGACACCCAUGUUGCAGAGGUCUUUGAGAAGGGGGCUCUCUACACUUUUCAACCGCUUCCUGGACUCUGUGGGGGAAGCGAGUUGCCGCUCUCAAUUCACAGGAAUAGACAGCCUUUUUUAAAAUUAGCAGCCUUUGCACAGUAAUAGCACAGCACAUUUCCUCCCCCCCUGAAUAUAACUGGAAUCUCUGCCCUACCCCUUAAGCGUUCUUCACCAAGCGGUUUUUCAGAAUUGAGGCAUCACUCUCCCAUCUUGGGGGCUACCUCUUCUCUGCCCCCCGCAGCCCCUCACGUGCCUCUUCCAGGGUUUCCCCCCAAGGCUGCUCUGAACCCCCUCUUGCCCCCCAGCCGAUCGCUCUGCUUGUGGGGUUCCUGGGGCAACCCAAGGUGACCAAACAGCGUGUUUCUUGUCUAUUUAUAUAUGCUCUUUCCGAAGAGCCCAUCUCCACUGUCUGUACUAGAUUUGCAGUAUUGUAUAAUCCAUUUGUAGCAUGUUGCUUAACUGUUUGGGAGUUUGGAAAAAGUCUUGUGUACCUUGGUUUGUUCUUCUGGGCUGCCUUUUUGGGGGUCCCCUCCUUUCCCUCGGCCAACCCGGGGCCCUCCAGAGGUUUGGCACCCCAGCUCCCAUCUGCCACAACGUCAUUCAACCACGAUGGCUGGGGCAAGUGGUCCAAAAACAUCUGGAUGGCGCCAGCUGUGGCUCUUUGCUUGGGUAGCCUCUGCCUGUUCCAGUACCCCGAUUUCUCAUGCAAUGCAGAGGGAGGAAAAGAUUCCCUUUGUGACUGAACUCCACCUGAUCAUCAGCACCCGUGCAGCCACGGCUGGAGCCCGCCUGGGUUUUCCUGUUGCCAAAAUUCAAAGCACCAGCCCUCCUUUUGCUCAAGGCGGGAGGACGCUACAAGCCUUAAACGUGCCAUGCACCCUUUGCCACCUUCAGGGGCCUUUUCUGCACUUGGUGCUAAAUUCUGAAGCAACUGGAAUGAUUUGCCUUACGAGGAAAGGAGGGUCACUUCUGGGGUGGCCCAGGAGCUCUGCGUGGAUUUAUCGGGACAUUUUGGGAGUGGCGAAGUCCAGGGAAUUCUCAAGGGAAACACACAGAGCUUUGGGAAAGGGGGCGGCUGCUGGGGGGCUGAGUGUCUGCCACCCCCACCCCCCAAAUCCUUCAAUACUUGCUGGCCUUCAUACUUCAUGCUGCACCCCCACCCCAAAACCCCUUAUUUCAUGGAUGACUGUUUGAAACUUGUAACCCCAGCUGGCUUCUCCCAUGUAACGAUUUUUUAAAAGCCGAGAAUCCUCCUUGCCUUUCUUCCUUGGCUGUUGUGGCUCUGAAAAAAAAACCAACUACUCACGUUCUGGUAUAUUUGGUUCAAGUUUUUUUUCCUUGAUAUUUUUUUUUUGUAAGUGCCAUUUGUAUAACAAGCUUCAAAUGGAGAAGUGACAAAAUUAAAAACCUGCAUUCAAAUAAGGAACAAAAAUGUGUAAUUUCUCUUCUUUUCCCCACCCCCCAAAAAACCCUCCUAUACGUACAUACACACACACACACACACACCCAUAAGUGUUUCUGGUUUGACUAAGCACACUUCAGAAAUC